AUGUGUCCAUGUUUGCUGGUUGAUAAACUCAAAAAUGCGUUCGGCAAAAAGAAAAAAGGGAAAAGUAAAGAAUCAAAUAGAUCGGAUGAUUCAGCGACUAGCCCAGUAGAACCAAUUGAGAAAAAGAAAGAGAAAAGCAAGAAAAGUAAAAAGAGUAAAAGAAGUGAAAAUAGUAAAGGAAAGAGUAAAAAAGCCAGAAGUAAUAUGAAGAGUCCUGAUGUUCCAUCUUCUGAUCCGAAUUCGUUGAGUAGUCGUGCGAGUAAACCAGAUCUAGUUAUCAAUCAUCUCGGUCUUCUUGGACAAGUGAUUCACAAUAAGCCAGAACCCAAAAACUAUAUUCGAGAUAUUUUGAAAGUAGAACGCCCAGAUUUGAUGGGUUCGGAGGGAAUACUGGAUGAUGGAGAAAUCAAAACAUUAGACGAUUACUUAUUGAAAGGAGGAGAAAUGAGGGAUGGAGUCAGUUUAACUCUAGGAGAAAUUGUUGAUUGUGACAGUAGUGCUCGAGUUGGAAAAGGAGAAGAUGUGACGAUUGUUCUACUAUAUGCAAACGGUAGAUUUGGAUCAGUUUAUCUGGUUCAUCGACAAGCAGAUAGUGAACAACAACGUGCUGGAAUGUCGAAUGCAAUGGCUCUGAAAACAAGUCGACGACUAGCUGCAACUGUCAGAAUGCAACAUGAAGUGAAAACUCUUUUGGGCCUUUUCAACAAGAGUUCAGCAGCAGCGAAAGCGAAAAUUCCCCUUCCGACCCACAUAACUCCAAUAUUUUUUCAUGGAACAUCUUGUGGAACUCCAUAUUUCAUAAUGCCAAUGAUGGAUGCGAAUCUCGAGAAAAUAAAACAAGAUAUCGGACAAAGAUUUCCAUGGGUCGAUGCAUUUUACAUUGGACAAGAAGCUUUGAUUGGAAUAAAACAGUGUCAUGAACAUUCAAUUAUUCAUCGAGACAUCAAACCAACAAAUCUAUUGUUGAGCAUUCAGAAUAAUAAGAAUUGGUGGUUAUGUGAUUUCGGAGAUUCAUGUUCAACAGGGGAAGUAAAGAUACUCUCACCUCCAGAUGCACUCACACUUCCUUAUUUAUCAAGAACAGCGCAUCAAUCACUACAAAAGCCAACGAAAGCAACUAUUUCAAUGGAUAUUGAGAGUUGGCUGUAUUUAUUCAUUGAUUUAUUUAUUGUCCUCCCGUGGAAGAAUAAAGUGGAAGAAGCAGAGACUCUUGAAGCGAAGAAUGCAUUUUGGUCGUCAACAACUCAGUUUAUCGAGAAGAAUACAUCGAAAGUGCCUCCUCAACUUCUUCCGAUUAUUCAAAUAGUAGGAAACAGCUCAAUUGAUAAACCGUAUGCUCAGUUAACUACACUUCUUCGUGAAGGAUUCAACCAAAAUAACAAAAAUCCGCCAUGGAAACCAUUUUGGAUCGAAAAAAGAAAAAAGACUGCUCCUCCUCCGAAAACUCCAGCGAACGAUAAAAAAGAAAAAGAUAAGAAGAGUUCAACGGUUUCAGCUUCAGCUGGAACGACGCAGACAUCUGAAAAUCCGAGUAAAAAUGAGAAGACGUCGGGGAAACUGAAUGAAGCAAAGAGUAAAACGAAGAGUGUUUCAAAGAGUAUCAGUAAAGGGUAG